CAAACGUUACAUAAAGGACCUUACAACCUAAACUUAUUUUAUAGUUUUAGUUUUUUUAUAGUAUUAAUUUCAUUUAUUUUUGACAGUAUUUGAUAUAUAUAAUAAUAACCCGAGCCUGAAUCCGGAGCAUGAAGAGAACAGAGGGAGUGACUCCACUCAGCCAUUCUCCAGUUAUAUCUGAUGGCAGCGUUUCUCCGCCUCGUCAUCGCCAACUUGGACAUACGAGUAAUGAGCUUCAGCGCGCGGCGGCGAAAAAUCAGCAUAUUAUAAAUGUGAUUUUAUUUCACCGAUAAAAUAAUCGAUUUGUAUAUAAAUAAAUAAAUGCAUUUUCAUUCAUGACAAAGCGCCGCUCGUGUCGCCGCGAACAAAAGGAGACGGAGCUGCACGCGCUCGUGUAGAAUUCUGAUUCGCGCGAGCCUCUCUCUCUCUCUCUUUUUCCUCUCCUCUUUUUUUCUUUAUUUCAGGCGCCGCUGCCGCCUUGUAUCUCCCUUCUAUGAGCCGCAAGAACCGGCGACAGAGUCGGAGAGAGGAGACCGGCGGCACGGGGAUCUUCACGCGGCAGAGGGUUUAAUGGAUCUCAUCCGCUCCUUCGUCUCCGUCUCCCGGCGUGACUGAGGCUCUUCUUCCGGGCUCCGGUUCCUCGGUCCCCCGCCGUCGCCGUCUGUCUAUCUGACGGUCAACUGUUGCUGCUGCCGCGCGCGCGGGAAGAACAGAGAGUGUGUGGUGCUGAACGUGGCACGCUGAUGGGCGUGUGACUCCCCCCUCACGCACACACACACACCGUGGACGCUCGGUAAAGGAAGGUUUUAUUUGGCGUCAUGGCAGAGAGACUGGCAUUAACGGCGAAGCGCGGGCCGCGCUCGCGCGCUCCUUUCUGACAGUGCUGUCGCGCGCCGCACGACUGCUGUCGCUGGGCUGCACGUGGAGGUUUUAUGCUAUCAUAUAUUUGUGUGUGUGAGAGAGAGGGACUUCAGACCAGACUACCUACAUAUAUAACACACGCGCUCUCCGUCUCGACGUCUCGCGACACGUUGGUCACGUUGGUGGAUUUUAUAUAUAUAUAUAUAUAUAUUUUUUAAAAGGCGCGUGCUGUUGUUUUAUUUGAUUUUUGUAUUUUUUUGUUUAUAUAUCUCUAACGUUUUAUAAAUAUAAAACGGUAUAUAUAUCGCGCUCGUUGACCUUGAUUGCCCCCCGCCGCCGCCGCCGCCGCUCCGCUGCCCAGAUGCUGAUGAUGAUGGAGCACAGCGGCAUGGAGGCGCAUCAGGUUGGACGCGACGCCGUGGACCUCAGCGAGGCGCGCGCCCGCCCGCGCACCUGCACCUGGCCCCCGCCGCCGCCGUGCCCGGACGUUUUCGCAGGCGACAGCGGCGGCGGAGGAGGAGGAGGACCGGUCGGAGCGAGAGGAGUAGGAGUCGUCGGGGUUCAUGCGAAGCGCCUCAAAGCGGAGCCGCACGACGCGCCCGCGUGCCGCGCCGAGAGGGCCGGUGGGGGCGCGCCGCUCGAGCUGAAGCAUCCAGCCGGCGCACCGGCGCCCGCGUGCCUCUCUGCGGCCGCCGCCGCCGCGCUCGACGUGGCCGGACAGCUGCGCAAAGCCAAGUCCUCGCGGCGGAACGCGUGGGGCAACCAGUCGUACGCGGACCUGAUCACGCGCGCCAUCGAGAGCACGCCCGACAAGCGGCUCACGCUCUCGCAGAUCUACGACUGGAUGGUGCGCUUCGUGCCGUACUUCAAAGAUAAAGGAGACAGCAACAGCUCCGCGGGCUGGAAGAACUCCAUUCGCCACAACCUGUCUCUGCACACUCGGUUCAUCCGGGUGCAGAACGAGGGAACGGGUAAGAGCUCCUGGUGGAUGCUGAACCCAGAAGGUGGGAAGAUGGGAAAGGGUCCUCGCCGGAGAGCCGCCUCCAUGGACAGCGGAGGCACCAAGUAUUUAAAGAGCCGAGGUCGGAUCAGCCGGAAGAGAGCCGCGGGGGUGGGCCGAGGACUUGGAGCUGGGCCGGGGAUACAGGGAUCUCCGGAGCAUGGAAGCCCAGCGGGGAAGGGGGGUAUGGGGGUAGGGAGCGAGUUUGACGCCUGGACAGACCUGCACUCCAGAACCAGCUCCUCUGCAUCAACCCUGAGCGGCUGCCUGUCGCCCAUCAUGGCUGAAGCAGAACCAGAUGAGCCUGAAGAAGGAGGACUGUCGUGUUCAGCUUCCCCUCACCUUUAUCCAAGUCCCACUAGCACCAGAUCUCCUGCUCUGGGCACCGGGGGACACUGUCCAUCUGUAGAACUCCCUCAUCUGGCUGAUCUUACUGGAGCCAUCAGUUUAGAGGAGGGCUUUUCUCAGCCUCCACAACUCAAAUGCAACGGGUAUCAUUACGGCCCGGGACCCAAAGUGGAGACCUCCUACUGUGGGACUGCUUAUGGUCAGCCUUCGAUGGGCAUGCUGAGGCACCAUGCUCCCAUGCAGACCAUCCAGGAAAACAAGCCAACCAGCUUCCAGCAUUCCCUAAGAGCCUACUCAGAGAACAAUGCUCUGGAGAGUCUGUUAGCUGGUGGACCGCAGUACUGUGGGAAGGACAUGGUGGUGGGGCAGGGAGGGACACCCCACUCACUCAUGUCUCAGUCCAACAGUGCCAUACACCCUCACGGCCACAGUCAGAACCGCGGACAUAAUCACAGCCAAAAUCACAAUGACCACGGGGGCAACCACGAGCAGAACUCGAGCCUCCAUCACAAUCACAAUUCCAGCAAACACCACCCAAGUCUCGACUACAACCAUGGAGCCAAACACCACCCUGGACAUGACUAUGGUCAACCUCACGAGCACAACCGUAAGCUUGAACCCAGUCCGAACGCAAACCACAUGCACAGCCAUAUGCAGCACAGUGGCUCGAGACAGUCAUCCCUAUCGCCCAGAGUCAACAGCGACAUGCUGCAACCCUACAACCACAAAUCCUCCGGUCUCUACGGCCCUCGUGCCCAACUCCCAUCCACGUCCCUGCCCCCUAACCCUGCCGGCGUCAUGGAUGUGCCCCAGGACCCCUGCCACCUGGCUUCUGCACCGCAACCCCGACAACAACCCUACCCGGGUGCUCACCACCACCAGGGCCUGACUGAACCCUGGCAAGGGUACUACCAACACCCCUCACAGAGUUCAGAUUAUCACAGUGGCCACCAGCUCGGUCACCGCCAACCGCCGCCGAACCGACUCCAGCAAUCAGAGAUGGAGAUGGAAGUCCAUCAGAGCAGUUUGGACUGUGACGUAGAGUCUAUUCUUCUCAACGACUUCAUGGGCUCUACAGAAGGACUGGACUACAACUACGAUGGUUCACUUUCACAGGGUGUCAGUAUGGGUAUAGGCUUGGGAAUGGGCAUGGGGGUGUUCGCAGGACCUCCGCAGUCACAUAACAGCCAGAGCUGGGUCCCCGGGUAAAGUCUGUCCGGUGAGGAGGACACUGACUCUAACCAGUUAAAUUCACCCACAGAGCCUUGCGAGGGGGUGCUGAUCAGGUCAGGACUGAUAUGACUGUGAUUUCCUUUCACUCCGAGAGCCAAACGUCGUUUUAAGGACGUACAGUUGAUGGUGUCAGUGCAGUCACUUUGGAAGUAGACCCGUCCCCCAGCCCCCACCCAAACGUCCCUCUAUCCCUUCUGCCUCUCUUUGUGUUUCUCUGCUGUGGAUUAGUGUAAUGAUGUCCCUUCAAACCCAGUGCUGUCUCUUCUCUCUCUCUCUUUCCUCCUCUCUGUCCUUCAGUUUGUUCUCUAUCCAUCAUCCUUGUCUCCUUCUGGUCAAAAGCUCUCAAGCACUUUACAUCCAUAUCCAUUCAUUCAGAUGCAGUAACGGACACCCUCGGGCGGCUCGGGGGAUUCACGUUGUCCACUGGCCUGGGUUUAAUGUAUGCAAACAACUCUGUUAUCCUUCCAGAACAACAAAAAAUAGCGUUGGUGUUGUUGUUUUUUUGUAACUCAAAUACAGGAUGGAGAAGUAAAUGUCCAUGCUGUCAGGAGGUGAUGUUUUUAUGUUGGUUUGAUUGGUUGUGUGUAUCAGGGGGUGUUUGUGUGUCUGUCUGUAUGUGUGUGUUUUAUUUGUGUGGGAUUGUUUUCACUUGGGGGUCAGCGUACGUCCCUCUACCCGUUGGCAUCCACUGGACGUCCCUUCAUUGUGGGGCAGGACAGUCAUCCAUCAGACUCACUCUAUUGAUAUUCAGCGUAUCCUGUUUAAUCUCUAAAGUAAUGCACCAGCUAUGCAUCACUACUGCAAAUCCAAUGUGGCACAAAGGGCACACAUUUUUCCCUUUAGCCAGACACGCCGCUUUAAUGUGUUUUGGCUAAAGUGAUGAUUAAAGUCACUUUGCAGUAAAUGGGAGAGGGUGAAGAGCAGGGGAAGAGAGGGAUGGAGGGAUGGAUGCAGAGAGAAAGAGAGAGGAGAAGUGCAAAUAUUCCCACUGUGGCCCUUUCUCUCCAUUUUGUGGAUUUAUGUAAGUUUCUCUGUAAUGAGAUAAGAAAUGAUCUGAGGCUAGCACACUUCCUGUGCGAGGCUUUCUCUCUCCUGGUGAACCCGGCCGACCACACUGUGCCAGACCUCUCUCCUCCGGUACGAGGCCUCGCUCUCUGCUGCGGCUACAUUAGCAUAUUGCAUUAGCGUUCGACUAUGCAGCGUUACUUUAGAUAAUCAAUGCUGAUUUAUCAAUCCUGAAGCCUCAUUAGCCCUCAUUAAUUGUGCACUAUCAAUUCUAAUUUAAUACAGGAUCUGGAAUUUGGGGAAUAGUAGUUUAAUGACUUAAUGUUGUAUCAGCGUAAUAAAGUAAUUUGGGAACGGUGCGAUGCUAGCUAACAUUGCCAAAAGACGACGACACCACAGCACAUCUAGGUGGAGAGAAGAGCUACAUUACGUAGACUGCCUUUUGAGUUUACACUAGUGAAUUGCACACUGAUUAGCACAAUCAGCAGAUAAAAAAACGGGUGCUAUCUUCCCUUCGCAGAUUCUAUCAUAUCUAUCAUAUCUGGUGAUUGCA